CUAGAAGUAUAAUGUUUGAUUGUCCUGUAGUAUAAGUCAUAUGCCAUAAUAGUAUUACUAGUGCCUUUGAAUGGUAUUACUAGUGACUUCGGAUGGUAUUGACAUGUGGAACUUUAUAGUACGUUGUAUUUGUUAUAAUUGUAUUUGUUUUAUGUGUAUGUAAUUGCAGGAAUUGUUGUAAAAGAAGAAGGCAGCAAGCUAUCAAUAGGCUGCAGGUGCUCACCGUGGGCCUUUCAAACAACUAUGGAAGGUGUGAAAAAAGUGAUGAAGAAACAACAUCAUGAAGUACUGAAGAAAAAUCCCUUCUAUCACUACAUGGACAUGCCUAAAAUAAACCACAGCUUCCAUAGGGUUGUGUCUCUCAUGCAAGCGUACAAUCCAGAAGAUCGGGCCUUCUGGUUUGGGGGAAAUACUAUACGCUUGGAAUUCACUCUUCAGCAAUUAUCUAUCGUAUUAGGGCUGCAGUACGAAGGCGUACCGGUGGAUGUGAAUAUGGAUGGCAGAGACACUGAUUUCAUCACACGUAUUUUUGAUGGUAAGUUAUCUUUAAUGACGAGGCCAUAUAUUGGUUAUAAACUGGAGGCCUAUGCAGUUAUGACCGAUCAACAAUCUGUUGAAGAUUUCAGCAGAUUGUACACUAUUUAUCUGUUUAAUACUAUUCUACUGCCAAAGGGGAACAAAACGUUAGAAAUGUGGGUUUAUCCGCAUGUAGAAGAUUUGGAGGUUUUAGGGUCUUUUGCAUGGGGAAAGUUGGUGUAUGAUAUUCUUGUUGAGAAUAUGGAGGGGUAUCUGAAGGGGGGGUUGAAGUAUUUUGAUGGAUGCACUAUCGGCUUAUUGGUAAGUGAUAUCUAAUAGUGAAUAUAUAUUAUGUUAUAUUGAAUAUACCAAUUAAUAUUAAU